GCGCUGCGGGGGCGGGGCCAGUGGCGCUUCGGGCGUGCUGCUUGGGUGGCAGGUAAGCAGAAAUUGUUCCCACUGCUGGUGUUCUGCAAAGUGGAGUGAGGAGGAGAGGCCCCCAGGCCUGGGUCUUCAGAUGCUAGGAGAGACGUAAUGGAGACCCCCACAGCACAGGCCUCGAGUGGCAGCCAGGCCACCAAAUGUGCCAUCUCAGUUGUAGAGCAAGCAGCUCGGAGCACACGAUUGACACCAAAGCAGGAGACUUCAGAGGGAGAGAGCCAUGGAGAGGCUGUGCCAGCCCCAUUGCGGGACUCUCCCCAGGCACUGGGGUCUCUUGACCUUUGUGAAAAUGAGGAAACUGGAAAGAGGUCCAGAGAUGCCCCUUGGGGCCCAGUCAUUUGUGAGAAAACUGGGAGGCAAAGUGGCCACGAGAAUGGUGUGCCCAAGCCAGACGGCUCUCUGAACACAGGUGCUGUGGCAGAUCAAAGAGGCCAGUGGAAAGGGCGGCCUUAUCAAUGCAACACCUGUGACCGGAGCUUCAAGUGCUAUUCAGAUGUGGCAAAACAUCAGAGCAUCCAUUCUGGAGAGAAACCCUAUGAAUGCAGUGACUGUGGUAAAGCCUUCAUCCACAGCUCACACGUUGUCAGACACCAGCGAAUUCACAAUGGGGAGAAACCUUAUGUUUGUAAAGAGUGUGGGAAAGCCUUUAGCCAGAGCUUCAACCUCAUUCGACAUCAGAGAAUUCACACAGGAGAAAAACCUUACGAAUGUACUGAGUGUGGCAAGUCCUUCAGUCAGAGGUCAGAUGCAAUCAAGCAUCAGAGAAUUCACACUGGAGAAAGACUAUAUGGAUGUAGUGAAUGUGGGAAAACCUUCAUUCACAGUUCAAACGUUGUUCGGCACCAGAGAAUUCACCAUGGGGAGAACCCAUAUGCGUGUAAGGAAUGUGGGAAGGCCUUCAGCCAGAGCUCCAACCUCAUCCAGCACCAGAGGGUGCACACUGGGGAGCGGCCCUACGAGUGCCAGGACUGCGGCCGCGCCUUCAGCCGCAGCUCCUUCCUUAGUGAGCACCGCAGGAUCCACACUGGGGAGAAGCCCUAUGAGUGCAGCGACUGUGGGCGUGCCUUCCGGGCGCUGUCAGGCUUCUUCCGGCACCAGAGGAUCCAUACAGGGGAAAAGCCUUUCCGCUGCACUGAGUGUGGCAAGGCCUUCCGCCUGAGCUUUCAUCUGAUCCAGCACCGGCGGGUGCAUGGCACCGAGUGAGCCUGUGGUGGGGGACUGUGGAGCAGAAGAAAUGGGUGAACAGGAUUGCAGGGGUGGGUGCAACACUUACUGGAGUUCGCCCACAGGCAGAGGUUUGUGUACUCAUUCCACGUGCAGUAAGGAAAAUAAUAAAGCUGUCUCAGUGGUUUAAAUGCUUGCCUCUGUGAAA